AUGUUCGACCUUAUUCUCUUUGAAUCAAUUAUUGGUGACGUCAUGGGUUGUGCUACAAGUGACAUGACUCCAGUGUAUAUUCAAAUAGAAAGGCAUGCAACACACAACAAACCAGGACCUGUUGCUAUGGAGCUUGACAUUGAGGAAUAUAGAUACAUUGUAAGACAAGAAAUAAUUAAAGGACCAUCUUUUACUCUGUGUCUCUGA